GCUCCGACGUCGCCUUCCUUCCUGGUUCCCUCAGUAGCCGCUCCUGCCACUGCUCGGCUCCCUCGCGGAGCCGGUGACUCGCCGAGGGUGACUCAGGUGCAGCGGCGCGAGGGCCACGGAGCGCUGGCGUCCAUGGACCCUGGGCCUGGCUCCUCCGUUGCUCACCAGCUGUACAAGAAGACCUGAGCUGCUCCCCUAGCCUCGGGCCAGCCUCGCCCCUCCAGUGCCCUCCCGGGUGCACACAGCCCCGUGCGUUAUUGAUCUCCUGCGGAGCCAGGGCAGCCAGGGCCCGUGCGGAAGGCGCCUGUGGGCACCGUUGUGGACCUGCGGACCUCGGCAUGUUCUUGGCCACUUCUUCUCCUGGUCACGAAGUCCCCGUCAGCCCCGUGGCCUGCGCUCUCUGGGGCCCCCUCAGGACCUGGUGAGAUCCUCACCCUUGCACCUGCUCCACACCCUCCACAGGGAGUGGCCUCUCCCUCCUCCAUGGACUUCCAGGAGAGGGAUACCCCAUCCCUGGCUGACAGCACUCAGUCCUCAAAGCCCAGCAGCGGCCAGCAGGCCUCUGAGCUGUGGGAGGUGGUGGAGGAGCCCCAGGGCAGGCUGGGAGCAGAGGGUGUCAGGCCCGAGCGGCAGGAAGGGCACCUGCUGAAGAAGAGGAAGUGGCCCCUGAAGGGCUGGCACAAGAGGUACUUUGUGCUCGAGGAUGGGAUCCUCCACUAUGCGACGACCCGGCAAGAUAUCGCCAAGGGGAAGCUGCACGGCUCCAUUGAUGUCCGGCUGUCGGUCAUGUCCAUCAACAAGAAGGCCCAGCGCAUCGACCUCGACACCGAAGACAACAUUUAUCACCUCAAGAUCAAAUCCCAGGACCUGUUCCAAAGCUGGGUGGCCCAGCUUCGUGCCCACCGCCUGGCCCAGCGCCUGGACGUGCCUGGCCCCGCUCAUCGCAAGGUUCCUGGCACCCAGCUCCUAACCGCCAGUAGCACCUCCGCCCUGCCUGGUGUUGGCGCCCAGGAGAAGGUGUCUUCCUGGCUGAGGGACAGUGACGGGCUGGACCGCUGCUCGCAUGCGCUCUCCGAGUGCCAAGGGAAGCUCCAGGAGCUACACAGACUCCUCCAAAGCCUGGAGUCCCUGCACCGCAUCCCCUCAGCCCCUGUGAUUCCCACGCACCAGGCCUCAGGGACCACCGAGAGACCCAAGAAGGGCAAGCGGACCACCCGCAUGUGGUGCACACAGAGCUUUGCCAAGGACGACACCAUUGGACGGGUGGCUCGUCUCCACGGCUCUGUCCCCAACCUGUCUCGAUACAUGGAGUCCAGGGACUCCUCGGGCCCCCGGGGGCUGCCACCCCCAGACUACGCCCACCUGCAGCGCAGCUUCUGGGCCCUGGCGCAGAAGGUGCACAGUUCCCUCAGCAGCGUCCUGGCUGCACUCACCACGGAACGGGACCGACUGCGGGGCCUGCACCAGGGCUCCGAGCUGUCCAGGAUCGGGGUCCCCGGGGGGCAGCGACGCCUCCACUCGCUGUCCAUGUCCUCGGACACCACGGCGGACUCCUUCAGUUCCCUCAACCCCGAGGAGCAAGAAGCUCUGUACAUGAAGGGCCGAGAGCUGACCCCGCAGCUGUCCCAGAGCAGCGUCCUGUCACUGGCUGACUCCCAUACAGAGUUCUUCGACGCCUGCGAAGUCCUCCUUUCCGCCAGCUCUUCAGAGAACGAGGGCUCUGAGGAGGAGGAGGAGGAGGAGGAGUCAUGCACCAGUGAAGUCACCAGCAGCCUGUCGGAGGAGGUGCUACAGCUCAGGGGAGCCGAGCGCUGUCAGAAAGGGGGCUGUGUUCCAGGGAGAGCCCCGGGGCCGCCGCGCCGCCGCUGCCUGCCGGCCGCCAGUGGACCUGGGGCUGACGUGAGCCUGUGGAACAUCCUGCGGAACAACAUCGGCAAGGACCUGUCCAAGGUGUCCAUGCCCGUGCAGCUCAAUGAGCCGCUCAACACGCUGCAGCGGCUGUGUGAGGAGCUGGAGUACAGCAGCCUCCUGGACCAGGCCAGCCGCCUGGCCGACCCCUGCGAGCGCAUGGUGUACAUCGCGGCCUUCGCAGUCUCGGCCUACUGCUCCACCUACCACCGCGCCGGCUGCAAGCCCUUCAACCCGGUCCUCGGGGAGACCUAUGAGUGCGAGCGGCCGGACCGCGGCUUCCGCUUCAUCAGUGAGCAGGUCUCCCACCACCCCCCCAUCUCGGCGUGCCAUGCGGAGUCCGAGAACUUCGUCUUCUGGCAAGACAUGAAGUGGAAGAACAAGUUCUGGGGCAAAUCCCUGGAGAUCGUGCCCGUGGGCACCAUCAACGUCAGCCUGCCCAGGUUUGGGGACCACUUUGAAUGGAACAAGGUGACGUCCUGCAUUCACAACAUCCUGAGUGGCCAGCGCUGGAUAGAGCACUACGGGGAGGUGCUGAUCCGCAACACGCAGGACAGCUCCUGCCACUGCAAGAUCACCUUCUGCAAGGCCAAGUACUGGAGCUCCAACGUGCACGAGGUGCAGGGUGCCGUGCUGAGCCGCAGCGGCCGUGUGCUCCACCGCCUGUUCGGGAAGUGGCACGAGGGCCUGUACCGGGGCCUCCCGCCAGGUGGCCAGUGCAUCUGGAAACCCAACUCAAUGCCCCCAGACCAUGAGCGCAACUUCGGCUUCACCCAGUUCGCCUUGGAGCUGAACGAGCUGACGGCAGAGCUGAAGCGGGCGCUGCCGUCCACUGACACGCGGCUGCGGCCAGACCAAAGGUACCUGGAGGAGGGCAACAUCCAGGCCGCGGAGGCCCAGAAGCGGAGGAUCGAGCAGCUGCAGCGGGACAGGCGGAGGGUGAUGGAGGAGAACAACAUCGCGCAUCAGGCGCGCUUCUUCAGGCGGCAGAUGGACGGCAGCGGCAAGGAGUGGUGGGUGACCAACAACACGUACUGGCGGCUGCGGGCCGAGCCGGGCUACGGGAACCUGGACGGGGCCGUGCUCUGGUAGCCCUGGCCGGGCCUCACUCUCCUGCCUCCAGCCUGGGCACGGACACAUGGGUGAGGCCAGGCUCCCCUCGCUGCCCGGAGCCCAGGGGCAGCCCUGGCCCGGCCCUGCCCGCUCUGCCGGCCGGAGGGGACCGCUCAGCAUGCCCCGUGCCCGCGUGCGGGGCACAGGUGGAACCCGCGCUUCCCCAGUCUUGUUGCCCCGACAGCUGGCAUGUAAGACCCUGCCCGCUCUGUCACCCCUUCCUGUGCCCCGCGGGGUGCUUGGGGGGACUCCAGGCUCCCAGGAUCUGCUCCCCAUUCAGUGCCUUCCUAGGACACGGGGGACCCCUUGAUGCUCCCCGGCCCUCUGUGCCCAGGGCGCCGGCUGCUGGAGUGAAGCAGAGGAGGCGUCCUUUUCUCCGCAGUUCCGCCCAGCAUUUCCUUUCGGACCCUGGCCAGCGGGCCUUUCUGCAGCUCCCUGGUCCUUGGCCACCCACGUCCUUCUCCCUCAGCUUCCAGCUCCUUCGCCCCCAGUCCUCCAGUGCUUCCUUUCCAGAGGAGCCCUCUCCAGGAGGCAGGGACCUCCGAGGCCCUGGCUCAGAGCCACCCAAGGGAGCCCAUGCGCAUGCGUGCAUGCGUAGGUGCGUGGGUGCGUGGGUGCGUGCGGUGUCCCACUUGCAGGCAGGCGGGAGUCCCGGACACCACGUUCCGAAGUGUCCGCCAUGUUUGCUCGUUUUCUCAGUUUGCCUCUCCGUCAGGUGAAUUGCUGUGACAUUCCAAGCUCCAAUAAAGACUUUGACCUGUGA